UGUCUAUGAGUGGCGUGAUCGGAUUUGAUGAGCAUAAAUUCUACAAAACCCGACUUGAUCAAAAAGUACCUGCCCGAAUGUACUGAAAAAGCCGCCACGGUGCUACCCACUCAGUAUCAAAGCGGCUUAGCGCUUUCAAAAAUCAAAACCCAAAAAUUAGUUUCAAAAAUCAUCUCAACACUUUCUAUGAAGCCCAACACUAACACCAUAAUAAUUUCGGUCGGAUCUUGAAGAAGGAAGAACCAUUUUGAACCUGUUGUAGUCAAUUGCUCAAGUAAGGGUUUAUGUAAACAAGUAAAGAACAUGGCAACAGAAUCAUCAGAAUCAGAAGAAGAAGGGAAAUUCACAGGAGGAAAUCAACACUUAUUGGUUGAUGAUGACCUCAGAGAAAUAGGCAAGAAAGCUGCUUGGAGUGUUAGCUCUUGCAAGCCAAGCAAUGGCGUCUCCUCUCUUCGUGAUGAUAAUCUUGAUACCUAUUGGCAAUCAGAUGGUGCACAGCCACAUUUGGUUAAUAUUCAAUUCCAGAAGAAAGUUAAGUUGCAAUUAGUUGUUAUUUAUGUGGACUUCAAGCUUGAUGAGAGCUAUACACCUAGUAAGAUCUCUAUUCGAGCUGGUGAUGGUUUCCACAACUUAAAGGAGAUAAAAACUGUGGAACUUGUCAAGCCGUCUGGGUGGGUUUAUAUAUCUUUAUCCGGAAGUGAUCCUAGGGAAACCUUUGUUAAUACUUUUAUGUUGCAAAUUGCGGUAUUGUCAAACCACCUUAACGGGAGGGAUACUCAUGUCCGGCAAAUCAAAAUUUAUGGCCCUCGACUGAACCCCAUUCCUCAUCAGCCAUUUCAGUUUACUUCAAGGGAGUUUAUUACAUACUCUACAGUGAGAUGAGAAAUGUGGGACUUUUUUGGCGUUAUCGGAUCAUAUUUCUGUUUUCUGAUGUUAAAGGUGGAAAAUAUGUAACUCUUUCCUUCAACUUUUUGAUAUUUUAUUUUGCCUCUCUUGUGUGUAACUAAUAUGAACCAUCAGUUCCGAAAUCACUGUGACAAUUUUUUUUUUUUUUAAUCAAAAUAC